GCGCCGGAAACGGGGCGGAGCGGGGCCGCGGCAGGAAGUGGCCCUGCCGGUCCCGAGCGCUUCCGGGUCAGGAGGUGGUGCGCCUCGCGCGGCAGAUUCGAAGCUAGGGCGGGGCCCGCGGGCUGAGGCGGCGAUUGUGGCGGCGACGCUGGGCGUGAGGUGGCGGCGGCCGCGCUCCGGUCGGGUCCCCACUGCUUUCGGGGGCGCCAUGGACGAGGCCGUGGGCGACCUGAAGCAGGCGCUUCCCUGUGUGGCCGAGUCGCCAACGGUCCACGUGGAGGUGCAUCAGCGCGGCGGCAGUACUGCAAAAAAAGAAGACAUAAACCUGAGUGUUAGAAAGCUACUCAACAGGCAUAAUAUUGUGUUUGGUGAUUACACAUGGACUGAGUUUGAUGAACCUUUUUUGACCAGAAAUGUGCAGUCUGUGUCUAUUGUUGACACAGAAUUAAAGGUUAAAGACUCACAGCCCAUCGAUUUGAGUGCAUGCACUGUUGCACUUCACAUCUUCCAGCUGAAUGAAGAUGGCCCCAGCAGUGAAAAUCUGGAGGAAGAGACAGAAAACAUAAUUGCAGCAAGUCACUGGGUUCUACCUGCAGCUGAAUUCCAUGGGCUUUGGGACAGCUUGGUGUACGAUGUGGAAGUCAAAUCCCACCUCCUCGAUUAUGUGAUGACAACUUUACUGUUUUCAGACAAGAACGUCAACAGCAACCUCAUCACCUGGAACCAGGUGGUGCUGCUCCACGGUCCUCCUGGCACUGGAAAAACAUCCCUGUGUAAAGCGUUAGCCCAGAAAUUGACAAUUAGACUUUCAAGCAGGUACCAAUAUGGCCAAUUAAUUGAAAUAAACAGCCACAGCCUCUUUUCUAAGUGGUUUUCGGAAAGUGGCAAGCUGGUAACCAAGAUGUUUCAGAAGAUUCAGGAUUUGAUUGAUGAUAAAGAUGCUCUGGUGUUCGUGCUGAUUGAUGAGGUGGAGAGUCUCACAGCCGCCCGAAACGCCUGCAGGGCGGGCACCGAGCCAUCAGAUGCCAUCCGCGUGGUCAAUGCUGUCUUGACCCAAAUUGAUCGGAUUAAAAGGCAUUCCAACGUCGUGAUUCUGACCACUUCCAACAUCACCGAGAAGAUCGACGUGGCCUUCGUGGACAGGGCUGACAUCAAGCAGUACAUUGGGCCGCCCUCUGCAGCAGCCAUCUUCAAAAUCUACCUCUCUUGUUUGGAAGAACUGAUGAAGUGUCAGAUCAUAUACCCUCGCCAGCAGCUGCUGACCCUCCGAGAGCUAGAGAUGAUCGGCUUCAUUGAAAACAACGUGUCAAAAUUGAGCCUUCUUUUGAAUGAAAUUUCAAGGAAGAGCGAAGGCCUCAGCGGCCGGGUCCUGAGAAAACUCCCCUUUCUGGCUCAUGCACUGUAUGUCCAGGCCCCCACCGUCACCAUAGAGGGGUUCCUCCAGGCCCUAUCUCUGGCAGUGGACAAGCAGUUUGAAGAGAGAGAGAAGCUUGCGGCUUACAUCUGAUCCUGGGCUUCCCCAUCUGGUGCUUUUCCCAUGGAGAACACACAACCAGUAAGUGAGGUGGCCCCACACAGCCGUCUCCCAGGGAAUCCCUUCUGCAAACAUUACUUAGACUGCAAGCUAGAAAGCCACCAAGGCCAGGCUUUGUUAAAAGAAGUGUGUUCUAUUUAUGUUGCUUUAAAAUGCAUACUGAGAGACAAACAUCUUGUCAUUUUCACUGUUUGUAAAAGAUAAUUCAGAUUGUUUGUCUCCUUGUGAAGAACCAUCGAAAUGUGUUUGUUCCCAGCCCACCCCCAGUGGAUGGGAUGCAUAAUGCCAACAAGUUUUGUUUAACGCAAAAAAGGAAGAUUAAUGCAGGUGUUAUAGAAGCCAGAAGAGAAACUGUGUCACCCUGAAGAAGCAUAUAAUCAUAGCAUUAAAAAAUGCACACAUUACUCCAGGUGGAAGGUGGCAAUUGCUUUCUGAUAUCAGCUCGUUUGAUUUAGUGCAAAAAUGUUUUCAAGACUAUUUAAUGGAUAAAAAAAGCCUAUUUGUACAUCAUACCAACUGAGAAAAAAAAUGGUCGGUAAAGUGUUCUUUCAUAAUAAAUAAUCAGACAUAGUCCCAUUUGCAGGAAAAGUGCAGACUCUUGAGUGUUCCAGGGAAACACAUGCUGGACAUCCCUUUUAACCCAGUGUGGGCGCCCCUGCAUUGCUGGGAUGUUUCUGCCCAUGGUUUUGUUUGUGCAAUAAUGUCAUCACAUCUCUAAUGAGGAUUCACAUUAAUAGAACAUAAAAUAAAUAGGUCAGUUACUGGUCUCUUUCUCCGAAUAUUAUGUUUUGCUUUUAUCUCACAGUAAAAUAAAUAUAAUUAAUGCUUUGCAUGUGAAAUUCACUUUUGAAAGAACAUGUUACCUUACCUUUUGUUUUAGAACUUUUUAAGUAUUAAAAUAUUUUUUAGAA